CCACCACCUCACAUCACCACCAUGCCUUUCACCGGCUCCUGCCUCUGCGGCGCGUGCACGUACGAGUACUCGGGCGACGCCGGCCCCGGCAUUGCGUGCCACUGCACCAGCUGCCGCCGCUACACUGGCGGCCUGGCCAGCUUCAAUCUCGGCGUCGAGGCGGCCAAGCACAAGUGGACGAAGAAGGACGGCCUGGCCUCGUACCUCGACACGUGCGACAAGGGCGAGGGCCCGCGCCGCUGGUUCUGCAGCAAGUGCGGCUCGCCGCUGGCGACGACGCUGGAGUACGACCCCAAGCCCAUGUUCCUCAAGGCCGGCGCGCUCGACGACCUCGACGGCGUGAUGCCCGAGAUCUCGGUGCACCUCUUCUACCCGUCGGCGGCGCGUGCCACGGCCAAGGGCUGGGACUUUGCCGGGCAGACGCUGCUCAAGGGCAUGCCCGGCUCGGAGCAGGUGUCGGCGAAGUGAGCGCGACAGCAGCCGGCUGUCUCUUAGUGCCAAAGCUGCGAUCGUGCGAAAUGCAGCGAUCUCGCCUCG